UCGAAAGGCCCUCGCGCAGCACCUCCGGCAGACUGGGAUCUUGUCGCUGUUCACGCGGGAGGCGUUCGAUGACAAUGGAUUUCAAAGAUUUAGAUUUCAUUAUCCCCUGCAAACUUAUUUUUGGGGAUGCUGCGCGCCAGAUUUGCCAUUAAAACGCAGCAAAGCCUGAGUUAGCAAAUAUCAAACUAGGCCUUGUCAAGUCGCUGUUUUUCUAUAUAUUCGCUCAAACGCACCUUCUUCCCGUAUCUCUUUGUAGCGAGCAAAGUCAUUCAAGCGCUGUAAGGAUGGCGAUGCCAAUAUUUGAGCCAAUAGGCAGCGGCCCACAGUCCUUCCGAAUUGGAAUAGUUGAUGAUAAUCCAAUCGUUCAAAGAAUCUUGGUGAAAAUCCUAGAGAAGAAUCUCGGCGUUACGGUCCCGAAGGAGGACUUGUUUUCAGAUGGCUUAUCAGUGUUAGAUGCGUUAGGAAAACGUCGAUUUGAUCUGAUAUUGCUGGAUAUCGAUCUACCCAUCCUUGAUGGAUAUGAAACCGUCUUACGCAUACGAGGUGGUGGAUCACUUUCCAGCCGUACACAGAAUCUUUCCCCCGUUCAAGGUACAGGCAAGGGCAAGACCACGUUCAAGGACGAGGCGAAAUUAGAAUCAAUGUCUGCAGAUGUGCCUCCAACCAAUCCCAUUAUCGAUGGGUCUCCGCGCCUCCCCAACAGCACACGACGUCCAUCCGCACCCCAUCCAAGUUCUCUGAUGCCGCGCACGAGAAGCGGCAGUCGCGAUGAAGAUACCUUGACAAGCUUAUCACAACAGGUUAAACAGAGAAACCCUAGAACUCUUGUCUCGACUCCAAUGGAUGCCGCGCCCCUGAAGCCCAUAAGAAAGAAUAUCCCUCCAAUUGCAAAAGACGAGGAUUCGUUGCUUGCCACACGAACUAACCAGCAAGCAAAGACUAAGGCCGGAUCAAAGGCGGCAGAAGCCAUUCGCCGCGCAAUAGCAUCUGGCGUUGACGAAGACGUGGAUCUGGAUAUAAGUGGGGAUGAAGGAGAGCUUGAUGAUGCACCUGGUCCUACCCUUGAGGAACAAAUUCGUGAUCUCAGUUCCCGCAUUCGCACGUCAAACAGGUCUAUUCCUAUUAUUUGCAUUACUGCCAAUACCCUCUACGAGCAACGACUCAAAUACAUGCAAGGUGGCAUGGAUGAAGUUCUUACCAAGCCAUUUAAUCCUAAUACGAUUACAUCCGUCAUAAGCCGCUUCAUGGAACAAGUUCGUCCAUCAACACCAAAAAUUGUGAGAGCCCGACGGCCUUCGAUCACGACGGCGCUCUUGGAGCUUAUCGACCAGCAUGACCCUGACAGCCCUACCCGCCUCCAUGCUGCGGAAAAAUACAUUGAUGCAGAGCAUGUCGACAAUAUGUAUAAAGCUAGAGUCGCGGGACCUAAUUGCCCUCAGAUCAUGUCAAACGUCCCACGACCGCCACCUUCCGGAUUGCCCCCAUUGAAGGUAUCACAUGAGAGUGGGCAAUACGGUUCGCCAGAGUCUGUAAGACAAAGAAAAGGAAGCUUGGGGGCGUGCUUGGGUGAGGGAACUCCACAAAUGCAGCACCCACGUCGGGACAGCACUAGGAAAAGGGCUAUGAGUUUGGUGCACGCAAAGCAUGACGGAAAAUUGUAUUCAGGGUGAGCCUGAUGACGGCAUGUAUCGUAGAUAGAUCAUUUGUUAAUAUGUCAAUUUAUCUGGGCAACAUGUUUCAUUCUAGCACGACAGAAACCUUGGUAAUAGGAUGUUUGCAACUGCUUGAGUAGGCCCGCAUUGUUUGUAUUCAUUCCUUUCGCUGCAUACUAGUGAUAUAUAUUACGAUAUUAUUCUUGGUGCGCUAUAGGGAUACUUUAUAUACAAGCAAAAUGGAUUGAUAUGCCACUUCGUGUUACAUACAUUUUGCUGUAUCAAAACCUCGG